AUGAUAAAGUGUCCAUGUCCUAAAUGCGGGUUUCAAUAUAUGCAAACAAGAGAGGAUGCAUACGACCAUCUGUUGUUACGACCAUUUCCCCCUGGAUAUACUAUUUGGGUGCGUCAUGGUGAGCAGCCGGUUGACGAGAGGCCUGGAUUGGGACGAGAAGAUGAAAAUUUGAUAUCCCAAGUGAAUCAAAUGCACCAGAUGGUCAACGAUGCAUUCAAUUUCAUGAUACAAAAUGGGAGUGAGGACAUCACAACAAUCGAGCAUGCAGAAGAUGAUGAAGAUGUAUUACCGAGCUUGUAUGAAGGUCCAAGUCGCGCGGCGCGGGAUUUUAACGAUCUACUGUCAGAUGGAGAGCAGGAGUUAUAUCCCGGAUGCUCAAAGUACUCCAAAUUAUCAUUUUUAGUGAAGCUUUAUCAUAUCAAGUGUAUGUGCGGUGUGAGUGACAAGGCAAUAACAAUGAUUCUUGACUUACUGCGCGACGCAUUCGAACAAGCAAAACUCCCAAAGACAGUGUAUGAAGCUAGGAAGACAAUAAGAAAGCUGGGUAUUGAAUACACCAAGAUAGAUGCUUGUCCAAAUGACUGUAUGCUGUACCGAGGUGAUGAUGAGAAUCUGACUAGGUGCAAGAAAUGUGGAUGUUCAAGAUGGAAGCAGAAGACUAAAAAAGGCUCUAUUAUUAGGUUCAAUGUACCAGUAAAGAGAAAAGGAAAACCUAUAGCAGCCAAGAGUCUUCGUUACUUUCCCCUCAUACCACGACUGCAGCGGUUAUUCAUGUGCAGCAAGACAUCGAGUGAUAUGUUAUGGCAUAAACAGGCGCCUAAUAACGAUGGUUUCCUUAGGCAUCCAAGGGACGCUGAAGCAUGGAAAAAGUUUGAUGCAAAAUAUACUAAUUUUUCCGCGGAUCCGCGCAAUGUUCGCCUAGCCUUGGCGAGCGAUGGAUUUAAUCCCUUUGGGAAUAUGAGCACAAAGUACUCCAUCUGGCCUGUGAUUCUUAUUCCGUAUAAUCUACCACCCUGGGUUUGCAUGAAGCAGACAUCUUUGAUUCUAUCCACGCUUAUUCCCGGGCCGAAAAUGCCAGGUAACGACAUAGAUGUUUAUUUGCAGCCUUUGAUAGAUGAGUUGAAGCAAUUAUGGGAUGGGGUUGAAACCUAUGAUGCCAAAGAGGGAAACACUUUCAAGAUGUGUGCGGCACUGAUGUGGACUAUUAGCGACUUUCCAGGAUUGGGGAACCUAUCUGGCUGGAAUACGCACAGUGGGUUAGCCUGUCCUACGUGUAACUUGGAUGCUAAGCCACAGCGGCUGAAAGACAGUCAGAAAUGGUGUUUCAUGGGCCAUCGACGCUUUUUAAAUCAGGGACACAAAUACAGACUAGACCGGAAUAGAUUUGACGGGCAGGUUGAAGGUAGAGAUCCACCAACGAAGUUAUCCGGAACAGAUAUCUUGAGGCAACAGUCUAAUGUGCACGUUUCAUUUGGGAAGAGUUCAAGCGUGACAUCCAAAAAAAGACGCAAUGGUCAGGACGCGGAUGAAGAUGACUCGCAUUGGAAGAAGAAGAGUAUUUUCUUUGACCUCCCGUACUGGGAGGACCAGAUGUUGCGUCAUAACCUCGAUGUAAUGCAUAUAGAAAAAAACGUGUGUGACAACGUGGUCUUCACUAUCUUAAACGAUAGCGGCAAAUCAAAAGACAAUCUUAAAGCUCGCAGGGAUUUACAAUGCAUGGGUAUAAGGCCAGAAUUAUGGCCGGGGGAAGGUGGUAAGUAUACUUCUGCAAUAUUUGCGAUGUCAAAUUCACAGAGGGAUGUAUUCUUGAAGACUUUGCAGAAUGUGGUCUUUCCAGAUGGUUACUCUAGCAAUGUUGCUCGAUUGAUAAAAAAUGAGGACUUUUCGUCAUUCUCUGCAAACACAACAAUUGCUAUAGAGCUUCUGUUUAAGAAAAUUGCCUUAACUACUAACAAGGGUGAUAUCGUACCUGAAUAUUCCGGAGAAAUAGUUCCUGACAGUCUAGACGGAGAAGAGUCUGAUUCAGAAGACAUUUUAGAUGAUGUAUCCUCUGUCGCAGUUGAUAGAUCCAUGCAGUUUGAUCUGAAUAAGGUUCCGGAUGAAGAGGAUGCAACUUUGGAAGACCAACAAGAUAAACAAGAUGAUAUACAUGUUAAGAAAAGGUGCUUUGAUCUGAAUAAGAUGCCAUGGUAUGGAGAUGAAAUAUCAGAUCCUCUGAAACGUGAAGCCGCAAGAUUCAUAACAGAGUUUUUUUCGCCAGGUCAAUAUGAUGUUGGAGAGAAAUUUUGA